AUGGCAACCGCACCAGACAAACACGACCUACUUGGAUUCCCAGGUACCGAUCUUGAACACCCCAAACACUACACUCGGAAGCUAUGGCUUGUCGCGGAGGAUGAUCGCAAACUAUAUCCCAAGUUCAUAGACGAGGAAGUUAUUAAACUAGCAAGCCAUGUGAACACGGUCGUCAACACGUACGUGAAGGAAGAGGAGAAGCGUUCUGGUGACGAUUUUCUCAAGCAGGAAGCUGUACAUAUACUCAAAACAUUAGGCUUUGGGCAGCGUAUAUGGGGUGAUGGUUCCGGGGCUGAGACGCGGCUAAAGAGCAAUGUGCCAGGGGAACGCCCACGGUGGGGUGUUCACACAGACUCCGGAUAUAAAAGCAAUGAUGAAGACAGGUAA